AUGUUUUAAUUAUUCGUAAUUUUAAUUUUAUGUGACAAAUUAUUUAAUAAAUUGCUAAUAUUUGUUAAUAUUUACAUGUUCAAUGUAACAUUUUUUUUUUUUUUAAACAUAUCUGCAAUUUUUUGAUGGCCUGGUAACUUGGAUGACCGUGGAAAAGGACACAGACAAUCAAGAUCCGACAGCAACCGAUUAAAAAGAUUUCGAAUAAAAGAAGAGCGAAAUGGAAACUCAGGAUGAAGAUUCCUUAGAGGAGAUGAUGAGAAAAAUAGGUGACUUUGGCCCCUACCAGCGGUUCCAGUUCCUCCUGCACAUCACCUCUGCAGUGACUGCUGGUAUCCUGCUGCUUUCAUUGGUAACAGUUGCAGCGGUCCCAGAACACAGAUGUGCAAUUGAAGGAGUAGACACGCCAAACCACACAGAACCAUGGAACUCAUCUUUGCUGAUAGAUGCUAUACCAAUGAAUGAUAACGGAAAAUUUGAUUCAUGCCUGAUGUAUGGAUACAACAACACGACGGUAGAAUGUCACUCUUGGGUAUAUGACACUGAGUACUACAAGUCUUCUCGAGGCAUAGAAUGGAACUUCGUAUGCAGUCGCCGAUGGAUGUUUGCUGUUGCCCAAACUUCUACAAAAUCAGGGGCCGUCGUGGGAUCUUUAGUUCUUGGACGACUAUCAGACAAAUAUGGCAGAAGAACCAUCUUUCUCUGCUCUGCCGUCCUGCAACUCGUCUUCGGCACUAUGGUCGCCUUCGCUCCAGAAUUCUACUCAUUUAUAUUCAUCAGAUUCCUUUGCGGAUUUGUUGGAAUCAGUCCAUUCAAAGCUGGCUUUGUUUUAACAAUUGAACUUAUUGGUCCGAGAAAGAGAACCGUUUGCGGGUCCUUAUUUGAAGUCGGAUAUGCUGUUGGUAUCAUGCUCCUAGGAGCUUGGGGAUAUCUGAUUGAAAACAGAUUUUAUUUGCAACUAAUCUACGCAUUACACGCGGUGAUGCUGCUUCCUCACUGGUUCCUCAUGGACGAGUCGCCAAGAUGGCUCUGGUCUCAAGGCCGUAUAAAAGAAGCAGUGGCAAUCAUAGAAAAAGCUUUAAAAAUGAACAAAUCAACGGAAACAGUGACUACUCCUUUAGUAGCUCGUACUAAAUCUAAAAAAUACACAGAAGAAGUUGGCACAUUAGACUUGUUUAGAACUCCUAAUUUAUUGAAAAGGACAUUAAUAAUAUGUUUUUGUUGGUUCGCAAACUCUGUUGUAUAUUUUGGACUUACUCUGAACGCUGGAAAGUUGAAUGGCAAUCCUUACUUUAUGUUAUUCUUAAUAGGGUUGGUUGAGGUUCCCGGAUAUAUAGUGGCCAUGUUUUUCGUACAUAGGAUAGGUCAUAGAACUCUUGUUAGUUGCAUGAUGUUUAUGAGCGGCAGUUGUUGUCUGAUAGCCGUAGCGUUACCUAUAGAGUCUUACCUCAUCAUUGUUGUAACGAUGCUUGGGAAAAUGAUUGUUUCUGGAACUUUUUCUGUAGUAAUUAAGUACUCAGCUGAAUUGUUUCCUACUGUAGCCCGUAGUUCAGGAGUAGGGCUAGCAACCAUGUGUUCUAGUUUAUCGGGUGCUUUGACACCAAUGAUAAUAUUACUAGAUAAGUUUGAUCCAAAUAUACCGACUGUAGUUUUUGGUUUUAUUGCAAUUUUAUCAGGGUCUACUGUGUUACUGUUACCUGAGACCUUUGGAAGGAAUCUUCCGCAGACUUUAGAAGACGGUGAAAAGUUUGGUAUUGGCGACACUUGCUUUGCAAGUUGUAAAGGUAGGAGGAAAAGUCGUAGCUUUUCUGAAUAAAAUGUCUAAGUUGUUUAUGAAGCAGUGGCGCGCACGCGUUGUGAUCGCUCUUUUGCCUCAUCGUAUGUUUGAAAGUCGACGCAAGAAAGGCCUUUAGAUAAACAAUGUUGAACACUUUUUAUAUUCCGUUAAAUAUAGUUUCGAGAGUUUUGAUCAAUUCAAGAGGAAGACAGAAAGAUAGGAUACAGGAAAAAAUUAACUGUUGUGACAGCUGUCAAAUUAAUUACAGCUAUAUAUAAAAGGGUAUGCCUUACGUUGUUCCUUUCCAUCUACCAAUGCAUUUUGUAAGUGCAAUACUGUUUUAAGUGACGUUUAUAUCGUACCGAAAAAUUGUGUAAGUACCUACUUAAUUUAUUGUUAAAAAUAAAAUGUUCUUAUGGA